AUGGCAGCUGGGCUGGAUAGUCUCUUCCGCCGCUUAGAGCAGCUGUCACUUCAGUGUCUCCAUCGGGCAACGGAGCUUCCGAUCUCGUUCUUCCAGCUGAAACGCCUGCACACGCUGUUUCUUGGGGGGAUAUCGCCUCUUAAGUACCCCGACUUCGCCAAUUUCCUCGCGCAAUCAUCGCGUUGCGUUUCCCGGUCGCCUUCCUCUCUCGCGCUCGCCUAUCACUCUCCUGUCGCCUUCGCGCUCUCUCUCCCGUCGCCUAACGCGCUCUCUCUCCCGUCGCCUCCGCGCUCUCUCUCCCGUCGCCUCCGCGCUCUCUCUCCCGUCGCCUUUGUGCUCUCUCUCCCGUCGCCUUCGCGCUCUCUCUCCCAUCGCCUUCGCGCUCUCUCUCCCAUCGCGUUCGCGCAAUCUCCCCUCCCAUCCCGUCCACUUCAUCUCCUAUCGCUCACGUCCUCCCCUCCCAUCCCGUCGUUCGCUUCUUUUCCCCUCCCAUCCCGUCGUUCGCUUCCUUUCCCCUCCCAUCCCGUCGUUCGCUUCCUUUCCCCUCCCAUCCCGUCGUUCGCUUCCUUUCCCCUCCCAUCCCGUCGUUCGCCUCCUCUCCCCUCCCAUCCCGUCGUUCGCCUCCUUUCCCCUCCCAUCCCGUCGUUCGCUUCCUUUCCCCUCCCAUCCCGUCGUUCGCUUCCUUUCCCCUCCCAUCCCGUCGUUUGCUUCCUUUCCCCUCCCAUCCCGUCGUUCGCCUCCUCUCCCCUCCCAUCCCGUCGUUCGCCUCCUCUCCUCUCCCAUCCCGUCGUUCGCUUCCUUCCCCUCCCAUCCCGUCGUUCGCUUCCUUUCCCCUCCCAUCUCGUCGUUCGCCUCCUCUCUCCCUCCCUUCCGUAG